UCGUACAGUUGGGAGAGAACAAUUACGCAACAAGAUGAACAAGUUGAAACACGAGUACCAACAAUUCAUGAAACUACUUGACACAACUGAAUUUGGGUGGAACUCAAUGACAAAAUCAGUCACAGUUAAUGAUGAGUCUGUAUGGGAUAGGGCAAUACAGGCAAAUCCAGGUUGGUUGAAAUACAAGAAGUAUGGACUAAACAACUGGCCAGAUUUGAGCAUGAUAUUUGGGGAUGCCUAUGCUAGAGGAAACUUAGGGGUUGACAGUGCUCAAGAUUUGGAUUACAUCGAAGCUGAUAAUAGUGUUGAUAUUGAGCAAGUCUUUGAAUCUCCUAGUACCCCGGUGCAUUGGGCAUGAAUGACCCCUUCCAUG